AUGCCUGUGCUGCCCGUUGCUACCUGUUGCUGCCCGUGCCUGUGCUGCCGUUGCCGCCCGUUGCUGCCCGUGCCUAUGCUGCCUAUUGCUGCCCGUGCCUGUGCUGCCUGUUGCCGCCCGUUGCUGCCUGUGCCUGUGCUGCCCGUUGCCGCCCGUUGCUGCCUGUGCCUGUGCUGUCCGUUGCCGCCUGUUGCUGCCCGUGCCUGUGGUGCCCGUUGCCGCCCAUUGCUGCCCGUGCCUGUGCUGCCCGUUGCCGCCCGUUGCUGCCCGUGCCUGUGCUGCCCGUUGCCGCCCGUUGCUGCCCGUGCCUGUGCUGCCUGUUGCCGCCCGUUGCUGCCCGUGCCUGUGCUGCCUGUUUCUGCCCGUGCCUGUGCUGCCUGUUGCCGCCCGUUGCUUCCUGUGCCUGUGCUGCCUGUUGCCGCCCGUUGCUGCCCGUGCCUGUGCUGCCUGUUGCUGCCUGUUGCUGCCCGUGCCUGUGCUGCCCGUUGCCGCCCGUUGCUGCCCGUGCCUGUGCUGCCUGUUGCUGCCUGUGCCUGUGCUGCCUGUUGCCGCCUGUUGCUGCCCGUGCCUGUGCUGCCCGUUGCCGCCCGUUGCUGCCCGUGCCUGUGCUGCCCGUUGCCACCCGUUACUGCCCGUGCCUGUGCUGCCCGUUGCUGCCCAUUGCUGCCCGUGCCUGUGCUGCCCGUCGUGCGCCCUGCUGCUGCUCGCGCCCUUGUGCGCUCUGGUCUGCCUGCGCCCUCAUCUUCCACCUUAGCCAACCGCAGCUCCUUGAUGCAGCUUGCCUUGUCCACCUCCACAGCCAACCGCACCUGA